UAACAAGGGGCUAUCGACUGGCGUUGCGGACCAGGGAAGGAACAUGCUUGUUAAACCUCUUCUGUCGGCGAUACGGCACGGAGUGGGUCUGGCCUACUGGAGUGUCACAACACACAAGACUUGCUGGAGGGCAACAAUGAAGAGCAGCGCGCUGACCGUACUGCUACUGGUGCUGCUGCUGUGGGGCGGACCGAGAGGGGCACACGGCCGCAAAGGCAGAGGCCGGGGCCGCACCAAGAGCAAGGUGCAGAUCGGCCUGCCGAUCACCGGCCAGUACCGAGAUCCAGAGUCCGACCAAUACUACAACAACAACAACGGGGCAAAGAUCCUAGUGGCAUCGCAUUUUGACUAUGAAUACACGCUUGGUCACAAGAUAGCGUUCAUGUGCGUGGCCAGAGGGUCGCCACGACCACAGAUCACCUGGUUCAAGGACGGCAUCGAGUUGUACGCUCACUCGUACCUUCACAUACACGAAUGGAAGAUGGGCGAGGACCGGGUGAAGUCGAAACUGGAGAUCGACCCGGCCACCCAGAUGGAUGCCGGGCUGUACGAGUGCUACGCCGACAACAUGUACUCCAUAGAUCGCCGCAGCUUCAAGACUGACUUCAGCAUCGUCUUUGACUAGUACCCAGAGGCAUAACGUCGCUCCGACUGCACUCCCUCCAUCCUACAUACCGACAGUAAUUUAUUCCUUGCCCUAAUGCUGGCAUCAGUCGCCCGUAACAAGCGAAUCUCUGAAAUAACAACAAUGUUCACUUCCCUUAUUGAAACUAAACUUUGAAACAUAGCAUUUAACCCUUUUAAGUUUAAAACCUGACCCGUGAUUAUUAAAAUUGUCCCCUGGGUACUCGUAGAAAUAAGCUAAGAAAGUGAUGUGAGUUAAUAAAAAUUAUAUGAAAGUAAUCUUUUGUACAAAUUUUUUUACUUUUAAAUACAUGCAAACUUGCAAAAAAAAAGUGAAUAAAAUCAUUUGUGAAUCAA